AUGGCUGAACUUUUUUUACAAAAUUACAAUAAUCCCAAACUUCAAAUACACAAUUUAUUAAAUACGAAACGAAUGCAAGAAAUAAAAGAAAAUCAAGAAAGACUUAUUCCAAUCAUAGAAAGUAUAAUAUUUUUGGGAAGACAAAACAUCCCCUUUCGAGGGCAUAGAGAUGAUGGCCAACUAGAUUUACCGUCUACCAUUGAAGAUGGAGGAAGUUCAAUAAACGAAGGUAAUUUUAGAGAACUUUUAAAAUUUCGAGUCAAAGCCGGAGAUUCUACGCUUGAAAAUCAUCUGAAAAAUUCUUCUUCGAAGACAACAUACAUUAGUAAAACAAUACAGAACGAACGUUUAGAUCAACAAUGUGUGAAACAUGCUUGA